AUGGAGGAGGAGAGAGAGAAGGCGGUGGUGGUGGUUGGUUUGAUAGAGAACGCCACAAACUCUACGGCGGCGGAGGUCGAUCCACGCCUCCUCAAAGCCAUCAAAUACGUCGUCCGAAACUCCGAUUCCGAGCUCCGCCUCGCCGCCCAAACCCUAAUGAAUCUCAUGAAACGAGAUCACUCUCAGACUUUACUGGAGAAGUUGAAAGCACAAUACUCAAACUUGGAAGGUCUUCCUCCUGAUAGAAUUGUGCCGACUGUGGGGCUAAACAUUGGGCGUGUUGAAGUCUCAAAUACAAAGCUAGUGUUCUGGGACCUGGGAGGUCAGGUCCAGUUUGAGUUAUUUGAAGUGAAAAUUGGUGAUUUUGGAUUGACGAAGAGAGCGAAACAGAAUAAGAAGAGAAGAUUGGAUCCUUACUGGAGAGGAACUCCAAUGUAUCUUUCUGAUAUUUGGGCUUUUGGGUGUAUUGUGCUUGAGAUGCUAACGGGAAAGCCUCCGUGGGUUGGGAAGGAAGAUCUUGAUGCUGAGGUUCUUCUUCGUCAGAUUGGCGAAGGUCAUGAAUUGCCUAAAGUUCCGAGUGAGGUAUCAGAAGAGGGAAGGGAGUUUUUGAAGGGUUGUUUUGCGAGGAAGUCUAUGUAUAGAUUGACAGCUGAAAUGCUCUUGAAUCACUCAUUUGUAGAAGGUUUAGUUGAGGAUGAUGGAGAAAUUGAAGAGAGUAAAGAGAUUUUAGUUCCAGAUGAGGUUAGUUUGUAUUCAACAAAUACAAUGCAGCAGUGCCCCAUUACUUUUACCAUUCCAGCCGGUGUUUAG